GCACUGAGAAGGCGGAGAGAGUAAAGUGGGGGCGGGAGGCAGUGAUAAGGGAUGGCUUAUUAUAAAUCGUGAAGGACUGAAAGGUCAGGCAGAGUCUCUAGUCUAAGCAGUCAAUCACGCAUAACUGCCAGCAUCUGAACAACCAUGAAGUCGACAGUCCUGCUCUGUUCUUCCGUGCUACUUGUCUUGUUUGUUUUCACGUCUGUUGAAGGCAGCCAGGAUGAGAAUGGGCCCUACCCCAGAGCACCUCGCUGUGGAAACAUCCAAAAUGGGAUUUGUACCCGCGAGCACAAUCCAGUCUGUGGGAAUAAUGGCUUGACAUACUCCAACGAGUGUAUGCUCUGUAUGGAGAACAGCCAAUCCGGCAAAGAUGUGCGUAUCGCUCGUGAAGGCAGCUGUGCACCCUCCAAAGCAUAAGAGGAGCCUUGGAGAGGAAGAAGGGUAGCCGGGUAGUGGGCUAGCUACUUCUUGAUAAUGAUGAUGAAUGAUUAAUGAUGCAAUAAUAAUAAAAAAAAAAAAAAUCCAUUCUGCAUGACAUGUGCGUGUACUCCUUUACUUAAGCCUGGACCAUGUUUCCUAAUGUUUCCUUAACUGCUAUACCACCUGCUGGCAAACUGAUUACGAAGCAGUCAGCAGCGCUGUAACACCAGUGCCAGUAGGGUGUGUGCAUAUGCAUGAAUGUAGAACAACUCAGCUUACAUGUGCAGCCAGCUAUUACCAUGCCAAUGAUAUUGGAGUAAUCCUCGCUUCCUUUGAGCUACAAUGGCUAGCCCAACCGAUUUAAGCCGUCGCUCUCAGUGCAAUACCCAGCGGCAGCACGAGCCAGGAGCUUGGAUUAGCUAACAACCCUACGAUUCAGCCUAACAUCAGAAAAGCAACCCUAGUAUUUUGUUAUGAAAAUGUAAAAAUAAAUAUCGUUCUGAUAAUCA